AUGAUCUGGCUAGUAUGGGUGCCAUACCUGUUUGUCUUGGUCGGAAGUGUAUACUCCGCCAAACGUCCACAUAUUUUAUUCAUUAUGGCCGAUGAUAUGGGUUGGAACGACGUAUCAUAUCACGGAUCAGACCAAAUAUUAACGCCGAAUAUCGACACAUUAGCAUCUCGAGGGGUCAUCUUAAAGCAGUACUACAGUGAAGCGAUUUGCACGCCGGCCCGCAGUGCGCUCUUGACUGGAAAAUAUGCUAUGAGAAUAGGUAUGCAUGGUUUCCCUCUCUACAAUUCCGAAGACCGCGGAAUACCUAUAACUGAACGACUAUUUCCGGAGUAUUUAAAGAAGUUAGGAUACGAUACACAUUUGGUUGGGAAGUGGCAUGUAGGGAUGUCUAGACAAGAGUUCUUACCUUUAGCGAGAGGAUAUGAUUCCCAUUAUGGUAUGAGAGGAGGCUUUAUCGAUUAUUACACGCAUCAUAAGGUUGAGGCGUGGCCAAAUGGAAGACAAUUUUUCGGUCUUGAUUUCUUUGAUAACGACGUUCCACAAGACGAUGAAGAACGCUACAUUGUAGACGCAUUUACAGACAGAGCUAUUCAAAUUAUUCAAAACCACAAUGAAUCUCGACCGAUGUUCCUGCACUUGGCACAAGCAGCACCCCAUGCGGGUAACGAGGGUGGCCUCUUACAGCCUCCGCUUUUCAGCACUGUCAAGAAUCAACACAUCGCUCACUCUAACAGACGCUUAUACGCAGAGAUGGUUACACAUUUGGAUACAAGUAUAGGCAAAGUCGUCAAAGCACUAGCGAAUAAAGGAAUUUUACAGGAUACCAUUAUUGUGUUUGUUUCCGAUAACGGAGCUCCAACUGUUGGUAUGUUUAAUAAUUGGGGUGUGAAUCUACCUUUUAGAGGAAAAAAACAAACUCCUUGGGAGGGUGCAGUCAGAGUUCCAGCCUUUAUAUGGCAUCCGUCACUUAAACCAAAGAUUUGGGAUGGUCUUAUGCAUAUUACUGAUUGGAUGCCCACAUUAUUAGCAGCAGCUGGUGGGGAAAUUGGAACUGAAAUUGAUGGCAUAAACCAGUGGAACUCUAUAGCAGGAAAUGCGGAACCAAAAAGGAAAGAAGUUCUUAUAGCAGUAGAAGAUAGUGCUAUGAAUGUUUAUGCUGCGUAUCGAGCUGGUGACUACAAAAUUAUUGUAGGAAAUGUAUCUGGUUUGUCGAAUGGCUACUACGGUGCAGAAUUCAUGAAGCUUAAGAAUUCUCCACCAGAUUAUUAUCCAACUCUACGAGCUUGUCAUGUGGCUAAAGUUUUUGAAUCUUUCGGUUUAUAUCUAGACUAUGAUAAGGUGUUGGCUAUGAGGAAAGCAAGUUCAAUUCAACAAAUAGACCCUGUGAGAGAUCUCACUCCUUGUGAGCCUUCACCUAUUCGAGGUUGUUUAUACAAUGUUCGACAAGAUCCGUCAGAAAGUCAUGAUCUUUGGUCGCGAGCACCCAAAAUAGCUGUGACACUUACAAAAAGAGUAAGUGUCCUAUUUGGAAUGCAACAAAGAAGAGGAGCAGUUGCACUGGACGCUAGAUCAGAUCCAGCCAACUUUGGCUACAGAUGGAUUCCUUGGCUAAACGAUACAAUGGCAGAUGGUAAUAAUGUUACAAAUAAUGUAAAUAAUGUAGUGCAAAACGAAAUAGAAGUGAAAUUUCUCGAUAAUCUAGCGGUUAAUAACACAGGCGUCAAGACGGUAGCUUCAGUUAUCGGCUGUGAUCGCACAACUGGGUUUAGAAACUUACUUUGUUUAUUAAGAACUGUUUUUUAGUUUUAAUACAUUGUUGUAAAUUUUCAAGUGUUAUAAAAAGUCUUGUUGA